AUGUUUGUUAAUUUUCUCACCCACAGGACCCCAGUGACAGGAUUGUGUAACACUGACUCACAAUACAUCACUCACAUCCACAACACGUCCACUCACAGGAGCCCAGUGACAGGAUUGUGUAACACUGACUCACAAUACAUCACUCACAUCCACAACACGUCCACUCACAGGAGCCCCGUUACAGGAUUGUGUAACACUGACUUACGAUACAUCACUCACAUCCACAACACGUCCACUCACAGGAGCCCCGUUACAGGAUUGUGUAACACUGACUUACGAUACAUCACUCACAUCCACAACACGUCCACUCACAGGACCCCAGUGACAGGAUUGUGUAACACACUGACUCACAAUACAUCACUCACAUCCACAACACAUCCACUCACAGGAGCCCAGUGA